CCCCGUCGCCUGCAAGCCUCAUCUCUCUCUCUCUCUCUCUCUCUCUCUCUCUCUGUGUGACUUCAUUGAAGUUGCGUCUUCGUAAAGCUUUCCACUAGAUAUCAAAACCCCGAAUUCUUUUGGUAAACCCGAUUUUCUCCAUUUUUCUUCAUCUAUUUUUUUGAGUCACUAUGAUUUGUUUGAUGAUACGUUUGGUAGGUAAGAUGUAUUUAUUUGGGUUUUGUUUGAUUUUUUUUAUCCUGAAACUGAUCUAACUACUCUUGCAAGAAGUUGGAGGAAUUGAAGAAGAGGAUGAGGGGGAAGAAGUUGCACUUGGUUAUUUAUGAGUUCCAUUGGGUCAAAUGGGCUUGUCAUGCUGUUCUCUUCGUCUUCGGUUUCAGUAAUGGAGGAUGAUUGCAAUGAUGCGUCCGGUCCUUUGUUUUGAUCAAGUUCAGCUUUACUAUGAUCAAUCUGAGAAGUUUAAUGCUGUUUUUGCUCUUGUUCUGGUUGCUGUUGCAAUUGUUGUUAGGGUUGGGGAUUUUUUUUUUUUUGAUAAGUAAAAUCAGAUGCGGUUGGGGAUCUUCACUGGCAGGAAAGAUUGGCUUGCGGGUGAUUGGAUUGAUAGCCCUCUUUUUUAGCUUUUUCUUGAUUGUGUGGGGGGCAUCUUGGUAGAGCCCAGGCCCAAGAUUUAUGGGAAUCCCAGGCCCCUCAUUGCGGAGUCCAUUCUCUCUCUUUGUUGCAGGUGGCGUAAGAUUAGCAAAUGUGGCACUGCUCGGGUUGCGAAACACGACCUCUACAAUGACGUCGUCUGUGAGAUCUUUUUCCAUAAACAAUGUGUACUUCGCAUGCUGACAGUAACACAGUCCCAAACCACACAGGGGGAAGAACUCUAGGACAAAGACAUGGAGGCGAAACUCACGAGCAUGGAGGAGAUGGUAAGGAAGCUAACGGAGGAGAUAGGGGCGCUCCACCAAGAAGAUGCAGCAUUCAAGCAGACCAACGAGGAGAUGGUGGGAGGAGGGGAACCUAGCAGAACUGGGCUCGUGGAUUCACAGCGGGUCCCUGCAAACCCCACGGCGGAGGAGGAGAGACGUAAGAAGCACCUCGUCAGUACCGACUUGCCAUACAACAUGGGAGUCAUGGCGGUGCCUCUUCCAACCAAAUUCAAAAUCCCUCAGAUUGAGGUGUACGACGAGACUGAAGAUUCGUUGGAAUACUUGGAGACGUUCAAGACCCACAUGACCUUGCACAGUUUCCCAGGUGAAAUCGCCUGUCGGGUCUUUCCUUUGACGUUGAAAGGACCCGCCCGGGCUUGGUUUGAAUCUCUAUCACUAGGGAUACUAGAUAGCUUCGAUGAGUUGGCUUGCCUAUUCAUGACAUGGUUCAUGGCAAGUCGAAAGAGGAGGCGCUCGGUCGUCUACCACCUCACGGUUAAACAACGGGACAGAGAGAGCAUGAAGUCAUAUCUCUCCCAGUUUAAUUAGGAGUGCAUGACUACGAACAACCAAGAUGAAAAAAUUACCUUGGCAACCCUCCUAGGUGGGACCUGGCCUAGGAACCCGUUUAUGGUCGAAGUAGCACGAAUAACUCCAACCACACUGAGGGCGUUCAUGGAUUGCAAGAUAGAUUCAUCAAUGCCGAGGACACCCUUGAAGCCUAGACGGCUUUGCGACGAAUUGAGAUGGAACAAGCGGAUCAGAAGGCGACUAGGCAAAGAGGCAGUCAUAGCUGUGACGGAGCUGGUGGCGGGACGAGCUGGGGGCGAGGGGGGCAGCUGGGUGCGGGGCCCCGCUAUCCACCCUUAAAUCGAACCGAACCGGUAGGUUUGGUCUAGUAUCAGGUUCGGUCUAGUUCGGUACUGGUUCUAUUUUUCUCAAAAUUGGAGAAAUCGAUUUUGUUUCGGUUUUCCUUUUUCUAACACCGGAUUGAGCCGGAUUGGACCGAUUCAUAUAUAUAUAUUUA